AUGGGUACAGCAGAGGCCACUUUACGCAUGGACAGCAUGGAGGUUAAGGACGAGUGGCAGGAUGAAGACUUCCCCAGGCCACUGCCAGAGGAUGGAGAUGUUGAUUCUUCAUGUGGCCUCACUGACCACAGAACCAAUCCUCCCACCACUCUGAAUGUGGGCGUGUCCGUGGCCCAGCGUAAGCGUCGUACUCUGGUCGCCCCCGACAUGAACCUCUCCCUGGAUCAGAGCGAGGGGUCGGUGCUCUCUGAUGAGUUUCUGGAAACGCCCGACGACCUGGACAUCAACGUAGAUGACAUUGAGACUCCUGAUGAAACAGACUCGCUGGAGUUCAUCAACAAUGGCAACGAGCUGGAGUGGGAAGAUGACACUCCUGUGGCCACUGCCAAGCGUCUUCCAGGUGAAAGGGAAGAGGAGAGAGACUCAUCCGGUCGUCUAUGGCGAACAGUGAUCAUCGGAGACCAGGAGCAGCGGAUUGACAUGCAGGUCAUCAGACCAUACCUGAGGGUGGUCACACAUGGAGGUUAUUAUGGAGAGGGUCUGAAUGCCAUUAUCGUGUUUGCAGCCUGCUACCUUCCUGACAGUGGCUGUGAGGACUACACGUACAUCAUGGAGAAUCUCUUUCUGUAUGUUGUGAGCAGCCUGGAGCUGCUGGUGGCCGAAGAUUACAUGAUUGUUUACAUGAACGGAGCAACUCCUCGUAGGAAGAUGCCCGGCAUCAGCUGGCUGAAGAGAUGCUACCAGAUGAUUGACAGGAAACUGAGGAAGAAUCUAAAAUGUCUCAUCAUCGCUCACCCAACGUGGUUCAUCCGGACCGUCCUGGCCAUCUCAAGACCUUUCAUCAGCGUGAAGUUCAUGGACAAGAUUCGUUACGUUCACACCCUGAAGGAGCUCAGCCAGAUCAUCCCCAUGGAGCACGUGCAGAUCCCCGAGUGUGUGUUGCAGUAUGACGACGAGAAGUUACAAGUACAAAGGGAAAGACUUGAGCAAGAGCAGCCUAACUCAUCACUGCCUAAAGAAAGAGCUUAAAAUGGAAGAACCAAUGGGGGACAUUCAUUCAUUAAAACGAGAGCCAGCUGAGACCACCAUCACACGCUUGUUGCACAGGAUUAAAUCACCUGACUGGAUCCAUUAGCUGCAAGACAAUCAUUUCUCUAAAACAUUAUUUUCAGUGACAUGCUUGCUUCUAACUAAAAGUUAAUUUAAGCCAAAGUAUUACAAGAUAUAGCUAAAUCAAAACGCAUUUGUUCCCUGCAUGUC